CGAUUAGGUAUGUGUUAAAAUAUGUGAAGUGAUUUUUUUAUUAUAUAAAUUAGUUAACAAGUUUCCAUGAUGCUACUUUUCUUGUUGAGUGCUGUGUUUAUAGCGGGCAGCCGCGGCGCGGGGCUCGGCGAGGUGGACAACUGUGACGUGAACGAGCUGAAGGUGUGCAUCGAGCUGAUCCCGCGCACGCCCGUCGGCCUGCCACGCAGCCGCGACGAGCUGGACGCGCACUGCCAGGCCUACCAAACGGGCAUGGUGUGCAUGGACGCGUGGAUCAAGCGCUGCCUGCCGGGCGACGGGCAACGGCUGGUGCAGCAGCAGAUCGGGGGCGCGCGCGCUCUCAUGCGCUUCCUGUGCACCAAUGAGACUGCGUUGAGGAAAGAGUUCCUGAAGGAGCCGAUGUGCUGGUCGCGCGUGUCCCCCGCCUGGUCGCAGUGCGUGGACGAGCUGCAGAUGGCCGUACGUGACAUCACGGAGCGCGCGCAGCUGCUCACCUACGUCAAUAGGAACUCCGAGCUGUGCUGUGCGCGCGAAGAGUACAUGCAGUGCGUGAGCUACGCCGGGCGCGCGUGCUCCGCCAGCGCGGCGGGGCUGCUGCGGCGCAUGGCGUGGGUGCUGGCGCAGGACGUGGCGGCGUGCAGCCAGCAGCAGCGCUGCGCCGCGCCCCCGCCCCCCGCCGCGCCGCUGCUCGCGCUGCUGACCACGCUGCUGGCGUAUCCGACGCACUUCUUGUAAACAAGUGACGGUUAGGGUGAUGCUUAUACCACUGAGUGGGUUUAAUUUAUACCAGCGGGUUUAGUUUGGCUGUUUAAAUGCAUACUGGAAUGAUUUGCUCUUUUAAUCCUAUUAAACAAAAUAAAUUGGAGACUUUUCUAUGGAAAUCAAUUCAAAGAAAUAUAUUGAUUUCUCAAAAAAUAAGUAAGUAAUGUUUGACACAUAAGUAUCUAUUUCAGUUUUGUUAAUGAGAAUAAUUAAAAGAAGUAAAACGUGUUUUUUAAUUGUCGUACUCUUGGUUAAGUUUGUUUUCAUUAAACUUGGAGGUACCUAUAACAAUAACGCAAUUUAAAAUUUAAUUUUACCUUUAGCAAAACCAAACAAGGACGAUUGUGCUUUUGCGUAUACACUACGGCUUCUUAGAAAAUAAUAUCUGACAAGUAUGAAUAGCACAUCAGUUAACUAUGUAAGUAUUUACUUUCUUUAGUGUCGAUGUUACGUGAAUUUUAAGUAUUUUAUUUAAUUAAGAAUUUUAAGUUUGUGAAUUUUAUUAAUAUUAUUCUAUCUAUCAUCUUAACUCCCUAUUUUAUGUUUCGUAAUUGAAGUCAAUUGAUAACAAAAUAAGUAGUCGCUCAAAUUUUAUUUUCUUAGCGUAGGCUGGCGACCUGAUAAUAUUAUGAAUGUAUGAAUAGACUCAAAUUGGGGAAUUCAAAAGCAACUAGGCACAGCUGGGCUUAUCAAAUCCCAUUGAAAAGAUAAACAGAUAUUCAUUAAACCAAGCAAUCGUCUCCUAUUUAUUGAAGUCAAAUAUUAUUCUUGUUUGGGUUUACUAAGUCAAAGAAAUCUACAAUUCUAUACAUAAUUUGCUUAAAUACAGCGGUACAGAAUUUAUGAUUGAUAUCAUAAACAAAUUAAUGCCAAAGAUAUAAUCAGGGAAAAGUUAUUUUAGUAACCACUAAGUUAAUGUGUUUUUGCUUUUAAGUACUUAAUUAAAUGUUACUGAUUGGUGGAAUAAGUUUAGAAUUUUUAAAGUUGCAUUAUUAUUAUAUUAUAAGAUGUAGUAGUAAGUGUAAAUAUUAUUUGUAAUUAAAAGCUUCGGUAGGUAUUAACAGAUUAUAAAAUCAUACGUGAAUAUUUCAUUUUGUUAAAAUGUUCAACAUUAACUUAUUACUUAACUGUUAAACUUAUUGUAGUUACUGAAUUAGAAAAGUCAAGACCUUCAUCAACCUUACAAAUUAUAAAUUUCUUAUUAUCUUUAUCUAGUCUGACUUAGUUUGAACUUCGCAUUCGAUGUGAACAGAAUAAUUGAAAUAUAUAAUAGAAUAACGAGAAAUAAAGAUAA